CUUCUGCAUAUUCUAUGGAGAUCUUCCCCUGAGACCUCCCCGAAAGUCUCCACCCUUAAAACCCUCAGGAAGAGGGCCCAGCCUGCUCUCCCUCUUCCCCAUCUCCAUCCCCGAGCCAGAACUUAAGUGCCCAGGUCUGGUCUGACCCGUGGGUCUAGCGCCCGGGGCCCAUCUCAUCUUCCCGGCCCCCAACAGUUCCCGCACCGUCUACUGGAGAGACUGCUCUUUCUCCGUGGACUUGACUUUGCUCUCAUGUCCAAGGUCUCCAUGGUGUGAUCCCACCUCCCCACUGCGUCGGGCGGGAAGACUCAGGACCCGCAGCGAGACACACACGCAACAGGGCCCUUCCCACAGGAGCUGCGGGUGCCAUGGCCCAGAGCCAAGUACCCGGCCAUCAAGGCCCUGAUGCGGCCGGACCCUCACCUCAAGUGGACGGUGCUGGGGCUGGUGCUGGCGCAGCUGCUGGCCUGCUGGCUGGUGCGGGGCCUGGCGUGGCGCUGGCUGCUCUUCUGGGCCUACGCCUUCGGCGGCUGCGUGAACCACUCGCUGACGCUGGCCAUCCACGACAUCUCGCACAACGCCGCCUUCGGCACGGGCCGCGCGGCCCACAACCGCUGGUUCGCCAUCUUCGCCAACCUGCCCGUGGGCGUGCCCUACGCCGCCUCCUUCAAGAAGUACCACGUGGACCACCACCGCUACCUGGGCGGCGACGGGCUGGACGUGGACGUGCCCACGCGCCUGGAGGGCUGGCUCUUCUGCACGCCCGCCCGGAAGCUGCUCUGGCUGCUGCUGCAGCCCCUGUUCUACUCCCUGCGGCCGCUCUGCGUGAACCCCAAGGCGCUGACCCGCAUGGAGGUGUUCAACGCCCUGGUCCAGCUGGCGGCCGACGCGGCCCUCUUCGCCCUCUGGGGGCUCAAGCCCGUGGUCUACCUGCUGGCCAGCUCCCUGCUGGGCCUGGGCCUGCACCCCAUCUCCGGCCACUUCGUGGCUGAGCACUACAUGUUCCUCAAGGGCCACGAGACCUACUCCUACUACGGGCCCCUCAACUGGAUCACCUUCAACGUGGGGUACCACAUGGAGCACCACGACUUCCCCAGCAUCCCGGGCUGCAACCUGCCCCUGGUGCGGAAGAUCGCGCCCGAGUACUACGACCACCUGCCGCAGCACCACUCGUGGAUGAAGGUGCUCUGGGACUUCGUGUUCGAGGACUCCCUGGGGCCCUAUGCCAGGGUGAAGCGAGUGUGCAAGCUGGCAGGGGACAGCCUGUGAGCCUGACCUGCUGGCACUGGAGUGGAUGGACCCUGCGGUGUCCUGCCCGCCCGCCCCUGCAGAGCUGGUUGUCAUUGUCCCCCUCGGCCUAGUGCUCAGAACCGGCUGGGCUGCCUGUCCCCCAGGUCCUGGUCCCAUGCUGGGGACACUGGGCGGGCCGCAGCCUGGAGAAGCUGGGUCUGCACCUGACUCACUGCUGAUCUCAGGCCAGGCUGCCCUUCCUGGGCCUCACAGGGCGCCCAGUCUCCACGGGGCCGAUUUCUCUGGUGUCCCCAUGCCCUGAAUUAAAUCAGCGUUUGUUUCCACAUCCACAACGUGCUUCUGAGGGGGUGGUCUCAGCUCCAGCCUGGGUCUGAGAACGAGGCUCCUGGUUGCCUUGGAGGUGGGCAGUCCCCAGGUCACACCCCACCUGUUCCCACCCUGGCACUGCUGCUGCUCCCACGCUUGGGCCCUUAGGCAGCAUUUCCUGAGGGCCCUGCAUUUGUGGGGGCCAGCCUUCGGGGGUGUAGGCAGUAGAAGGCUCCUGUCCCCCUCCUCCGGGUCAGCUUCGAGCCUGCUCCCCUGUGGGAAGCCUUCCGAGCCCCGAGGGUGCAGGCUUGACAUGCAGGGUCUGUCUCCCCCACCAGCUUAGACGUGGGACUUGAGAUUCUCACAGAACAGGGGCCAUAGGCCAGACAUGGGGUGGCUGGACAGACAGGUGACUGCAGGUCAGAGGGAAGCGGCUGGUGUCCUUGGUGUCUCUGUGAAGGGGACAGCGCUCUGUCCUGACUUUGGCAGGGGCUGAUGGCACAGCUGACCUCGGGGGCAUCUUCCCCGUUAGCUCCUGGGCACCCCACCCCGCAGAACUUCUGGAACUUGGGCGGCAGAGGAAGCAGAUGAGUUCAACCGCCUGAACCAGGGCCAGCCGCUCGGAUCUGAGCCUCGAGCCGACCUCCUAGGGGGCAGAACAGGCCUCUUCCUGCCCUUUAGGGUUGUGAGGACACUCAGUGAGAUGAAGUAUGUCCAGAGCCUGGCCACAAAAAGUGGUCCCCUUGUCAUCAGCCAGAGUGGGGCCCUGCCCCCACCCCCGGGGCCAUCAGAGGACACUGGGCCAGGGGCUGGGCGUCCCACUGAGUCUGAGGUGGCCUGGCCACUGGCUGGGCCCAGUCAGACCCUCCCUGGCUAUCAUGGGAACUCGCAGGGGCUGAGGAGGGCCGGCGAGUGCCUCGGGGCCUCCCUGCGGGCCCAGUGCAGGGGCAGGCCAACCCAGCCCGUCGCAGUGCCCCACCUGGCCCUGCCAGUCAGAACGCUCAGGGACCCUCUCUGAUGUUGCAGGCAAGGGUGCCACUUGGCCACCUCCCACUGCGCUGUGGGUGUGGCUCCCGUGGCCUCCCCAGGACCCCACCAGAAGUGCCUGAGCUGCCUGCUCACCCUCCCGUCCUCCCAGCCCAGCUACCCCCACGGCGCCCAGCUUGCUCCUAUACUACUCCUGGUCACUUCUG